AUGAAAGGUUUCACUUUGAAAAGGAUGUCUUCUUAUUCUAGUCAUGUAGAAAAUGAGAAGGAUAAAGAGAAGACGAUUUCACUUUUAGAUUUGCCUGAAUUGAUCUUGGAGUGCAUUUUUGAGCGACUUUUACCAGCCGACUUGUGCAACAUGAUAGGAGUUUGUACCUUUUUGAGGGUAAUGUGUACUAGUGACCAUAUAUGGGAGAAGCACUUGACGCGAAAAUGGGGUAAGCUGAUUGGUGAGGCUGCAUACCGAAAAUGGAUCGGCGAUGCUGCUUACCGAGCAUGGCAGGCUCAUGUGGCCUCAUGGAAUGGUCCAAACUUCCUCUAUAAUCGGAAAAGGAAAAGGGAAUACAUGUUAAAAUCUCCUCGCGUAGCGCUGCGAUUUUCAAGGAUUAGGGAUAACCUAGAAGAAAAGAGUUGUGAGGCGAGUUCAGGUACUUUACCAGUUGGUCAUGUCAUGGCUUUCUAUCUUGCUCUUGAGAGUGGGAAGUUCUGGUUCCCAGCCCAGAUCUAUUAUGGUGGGAAUGGUUAUACUGGGGCUAUGCUUUUAUGUUAUGAUGCUCAGGUUAGCUAUGAUUACAGCACUGACACCUUUCGGGCAAGUUAUCCAGCUCAUGUAUGGGGGAGAAAAGAGACAAAUAUAAAGUGGGAUAGGCUAAGGGCGGCACCCGUUGACACUCCUGAUCCAUUUACGCCUCAUGUAUCUGAUUAUUUGCAUGACUUAAAACCCGGUGACCAUAUUGAGAUCCAGUGGAAAAGUCAUGAUAAAUCGCCUUAUGGUUUGCUUUCGCAGCUCAAACUAUAA